GCUGAGGAGGUUCGGCGGACGGCGUAGUUAUCUAUAGCUGUAGAAGCUACAGUCAGAGCCCGGAGGGGUCUCGGUGAGGGUGACGGAAGUCUGGGCUGUCCUUUCCCAGAGGUCCUGGGCCUGGUGAUCCGGACUAUUGGAGCGCGGAGGACUGGGCGGGACCUGCCGCAGAUGUGAACAUUAUAUGAAAGAUGGCUCUACCAGUUCAGCAGAUACCCAAAUGGUUCUACUCAAUGAAAAUAAAUUUUAUCAACAUCACACAAAUUAGAAGUCAGUUCAUGAGGCCAAGAAAAACAAUUCUACAUGGACUCUUGGCACUGCCUCAGCAAUCUUCUGGCAAUUUUUUCCAUUGGGGAUUCAAGAAUUACAGGACUUUUUCCUUAUGGAAUAGUUCUCAGGCUCCCAGCUCAACUAGAGAAGAAAAUAUUGAUGCACAAGACAGUCACCCUCUUUCCCUUAAUGGACGACAACUCAAGACUGAAGUCACCGAUUUUGAUUCACAGAUAUCACUAGAAGAAUUGGAGGAUUUGCCUCCGAUCUCUCCACUGCAGCAGAUUUCUGAAGAGGAUGCUGUGCAGAUUGUUGCAGAACCUCCUCUGCCUCCAAUUUCAUUCACACUUCAAGACUAUGUGGAUCGCUCUGAGACUCUACAGAAGUUAGUGCUUCUGGGGGUCAAUUUGUCAAAGUUGGAAAAACGCCGAGGUGCUGGUACUCUCCUUCUAAAACUGGAUUUCAAAAAUGACAUACAAAAGAUACUUAUGUUUCUUAAGGAUGUUGGUGUAGAAGAUAACCAAUUAGGAGCAUUCCUUACUGAAAACUAUAUUAUUUUAACUGAAGACUUGGAUAAUCUAAAGACCAGGGUGGCUUAUCUUGAAUCAAAAAAUUUCAGUAAGACAGAUAUCUCACGGAUGAUUGUAAAAGCACCAUAUUUGCUGAGUUUUUCAGUGGAUAGACUGGAUAACAGAUUGGGUUUUUUCCAGAAGGAACUUGGAUUGAAUGUGGAGAAGACCAGAAAUCUAGUUAUUCGUCUUCCACGACUAUUAACUGGAAGUCUUGAGCCUGUGAAAGAAAAUAUGAAGGUUUACCAACUUCAACUUGGCUUUAAACAUAAUGAAAUUCAGCACAUGGUGACCAGAAUCCCAAAGAUUUUAACUGCAAGCAAAAAGAAAUUAACAGAGACUUUUGACUAUGUGCACAAUGUGAUGAACAUUCCCCAUCAUAUUAUUGUCAAAUUUCCACAGGUAUUCAAUUCAAAAGUGCUAAAAAUCAAAGAAAGACACUCAUUUCUUAACUACUUAGGAAGAGCACAGUAUGAUCCCCAAAAACCUAAUUACAUCUCUUUGGACAAACUGGUAUCUCUUCCUGAUGAAGUAUUUUGUAAAGAGAUUGCUAAAGCUUCACUAGAGGACUUUGAAAUGUUCUUGAAAACUGUUUAGCUGCUGAUCAAUGGAAAAAGAUUAAUUUAAUCUACUAAUAUUUAUGUGAGUCAUUAUAUACUUUGUAUAAAUAACUUUGUCUCAAUCAUUUUAAAUAAAUGUUUAUUAUUGUAAAAAAAAAAAAAAAAA